AUGAAGAGAGGGCAGCAGCAGUGCCAGACUGGUGAAACAGAAGGUCCCAUGCAGCAGCAGCCUGAGACUGAUAGGCAGUCCGUUGCGGACGACGUCAAAGCCGCGAAUCAGUCUGCGGAAAUGGUGAAGCAACUUGAGGACAUGAAAAAGCAGAACCAGAAGACCGAGCUGCGAGUAGCCGAGCUGGAACGCAAAAAUGCGGCCAUUGGGCCAGUUGGCCCUGCGUCUACCGGUCCUCCUGGGCCACCUGGCCCACCAGGAAAGAAGGGGGGCACUGGGCCACCUGGCCCUGUGUCUACCGGUCCUCCUGGGCCACCUGGCCCUCCAGGCAAAAAUGCGGCCACUGGGCCAGUUGGCCCUGCGUCUGUCGGGCCUCCUGGGCCACUUGGCCGACCUGGAAAGAAGGGGGCCACUGGACCAGUUGGCCCCGCAUCUGCUGGGCCUCCUGGCCGUCCAGGAGAGAAGGGAGCUACUGGGCUAACUGGUCCUCGGGGACCAAAGGGAUCCCCUGGGUUCCAAGGGCCACCCGGACGCCCGGGACAAAAGGGUGCAAUCGGGCCUCAGGGGCCAAAGGGACCCCCUGGGUUCCAAGGGCCACCUGGACGCCCAGGACAAAAGGGUGAAAUGGGACCAACUGGGCCUCGAGGCUGCUGCAGUGGACCUUGUCCAAAAGGUUAUCAGAAGUUCCGUGGAAUCUGCUACAAGGCUUUCCUCACUCCUACCAGCUUCGACCGAGCGAGCGAGAUCUGUCGUCGAGAUGGCGGCACCCUCGCCAUGCCCAAAGACGCUGAGACCAACGCUUUCCUAAUUUCGCUGUAUAAGGCCUCUCGCUCUCAUAGCGUAUUCAGCUUCGGCCUCUCCGAUCGGCGCAAGAAAGGGGUGUUUGAGUGGGUUGACGGCACUCCCCUUCGGGGGUUCACCUCGUGGGGUCCGGGAGAACCAAAGUUUGAGUGUAACUAG